CGCCAAGCUAACUCCUGCUGCAUGAACACAGAGAGCAGAGCACACCCUGCCAACGAGCCAGACAGUGUUAACAGGCACAACAAUGUCGGGGAAGAGUUUUCGAGUCAGCGACGGGGACUGGAUUUGUCCUGAUAAAAAGUGUGGGAAUGUGAACUUUGCUAGAAGAACCAGUUGUAACAGAUGUGGCAGGGAGAAAACCACAGAGGCAAAGAUGAUGAAAGCUGGAGGAACAGAGAUCGGCAAAACUCUGGCUGAGAAGAGUAGAGGCCUCUUCAGUGCAAAUGACUGGCAAUGCAAAACAUGUGGCAAUGUGAAUUGGGCCAGGAGGUCAGAGUGCAACAUGUGUAACACACCGAAAUACGCCAAGCUUGAAGAGAGAACAGGUUAUGGUGGAGGUUUCAAUGAAAGGGAGAAUGUGGAAUACAUCGAACGGGAGGAGUCUGAUGGGGAAUAUGAUGAAUUUGGCAGGAAAAAGAAAAAGUUUCGUGGAAGGAGCAACAGCACACCUUCUGUAAAAGAAAGUGAAAAGAAAGAAGUGCCGAAAGCUGAGGAUGACGAGGAGGAAGAAGAUGAAGAUGAGGAGGAAGAUGGUGACCUUUCAAAAUAUAAACUGGAUGAUGAUGAAGAAGAAGACGAGGACGGAGACCUGUCCAAGUACGACCUGGACGCCAGCGACGAGGACGACAAGCCAGCCAAGAAAAAGGGUAGCCGCUCGGGUUCGUCCCGUUCGCGCUCGUCCUCGCGCUCCUCCAGCUCCAGUUCACGGUCGAGGUCCAGGUCCCGCUCUAGAAGCUCAUCCAGCUCCAGGUCUGGAUCUCGCUCGAGGUCCCACUCCAGAUCCAGCUCCAGGUCUGGAAAGGGCUCCUCUCCCCGGAAGAGGUCCCGCUCACCCUCCUCCUCACCUGAGAGGGGACAGAAGCGCAGUCGCUCCAGGUCCUCAUCUGGAGAGAGAAAGCGGAGGCGCUCUAGAUCACGUUCGUCCGAAAGGCGCCGCGGCCACUCCUCUGGAUCCUCCCAUUCUGGCUCCAGUUCAAAAAAGAAAUAACUUUAUUACGGCCUUUAAAACAAGAAAAAGGAACCUUAGUAGAAAAGUGCAUGUUGUGUGGCAAGGAGAACAACCACAUCAUUUCAGUAUGCUGUCAUUUUCAUAGAAAAGUCUUAUUUCCCUUGACAAAAACAAAAAAAAAAGGCAGCGGCAACAUGACUUCUCUCUGCUGUUACCCAUCAUUACAAGCUCCCACUUUAAGACCACAUACGCCCCGAUCUGUGACAAGUGUCUGUAACUGCAGGUGUCCAAUAAACAUAAAUGUUUGGUCCCAUAAGAAAAUCACAUAUACUGUGAAGAGGCUGUAUGCCAUUUUGAACCCAUUCUGCUGAGCUAUCAUCGUGGCACUAUAUCUUAUUCUAUUUUUUUUUUAUUUUUUUUGCCCUAAGAAACAUUUGAGAUUGUGUUACUUUAUUUUUUUUUAAUAAAUACAUCCUCCAUUUUUUUUAUUUAAAGGUGAAGUACCUAAGCACCAGUUUAGACUAACGGAGACGUAGCAAUGAAUUUUGGCCCCUUUGGUUUUAUUUCUUGCUAAAUCUAUAUUUUGCUUUGUGUUUUCAAGGUAAGUAUUUUACUUUUUGAUAUUGCUUGUUUUAACUAAAUGGCAGUAAACUCAACAUUCUUUGGUUUAGGUGUUUAGUGUUGCUUUUUUCUUUACACAGUUGUCACCUGUCAGAGUUACUUCUCUUUAUUUGUCACGUGGGGAACUAAUGAAUUCAAGACAUAACUGAAUAUCAUGCUCCAAAUUAGAACAUCCAUAACAACAAACGCCGUUCAGUAUGUCCCGAUUAAUGGUAGAAUUGGCAAUACAGUCUUUUUAUUGGUGAAACAACUCAAAUGUACACGUGUAAAUAAACUCCUGUCGACAUUG